CCAACGCUGCAAAUAGUGAGAGAAGAAACACUCAACACUGCACCAUUUGGGAGCUGCGCAGUCUACACCCUCACUGCUUAAACACUCUCACCUCCUCUUCUUCCUCCUCCUCACCCCUUCGGCCCUCGCAAGUCGAAAAUGCAACAGCCCACCAUAACCACAGCUGACAUCCCCUCUCUGCACGACCACGGCGCCAUGAUCCCUUGAUAACUACAAGAAGAGGAGGAGGAGGAGGAGGAGGCAGAUAGGUACUGUGUAGCAACGCUGCCAGCAGGAGGGGAGGGAUGUACAAGAACCAGCUGCAGGAGCUGGCGCAGAGGAGCUGCUUCAGCCUGCCGUCGUACGUGUGCACGCGGGAGGGCCCCGACCACGCGCCCUGCUUCCGCGCCGCCGUCACCUUCAACGGCGAGACCUUCGAGGGCCCCAGCGGCUGCACCACGCUCCGCCAGGCCGAGCACGCCGCCGCCGAGGUCGCCCUCGCCCGCCUCUCCCUCCGCGGCCCCUCCACCUCGCUAGCCUCCCGGGUCCUCGAUGAGACGGGGGUGUACAAGAACCUGCUGCAGGAAACCGCGCACCGGGCCGGGCUCAAGCUGCCGGCGUACACCACGGUGCGCUCGGGCCCGGGCCACUCGCCGGUGUUCGCCUCCACGGUGGAGCUCGCCGGCAUGAGCUUCGCCGGCGACCCCGCCAGGACCAAGAAGCAGGCGGAGAAGAACGCCGCCAUGGCCGCCUGGUCGUCCCUCAAACGGAGGCCGGAGGCGCGCAAGGAGCCGGGCGCCGGCGACGAGCAGGACCACGUCGUCGUCGCCAGAGUUCUCGCCGCGCUGAAGCCUCGAAGCGACGGCAAGGCGGCGCCGCCUUUGCCAAAGCAGUGCGGCACCGGCUCUUCUCCCUCCGCUCUUCGGCGCCCGUCGCUGUACAGACACCAAUGGUGGCCUCGGAACACCCCUGCUCAGCCGCCGAGGACUCCGACGGCGCCGCCGGCCGGCCCCAUGAUCCUGCCUCCCUUCCACCUGCUGCAGCAACGGGCGUCGAGCUCCAUGGAUGCCGCGGCGGCGGAGCUGGUGCGCAUGCUGGAGAGGGCGGCCAUCGUGAGGGACAGGGCCGCCGCGGAGGCGCGCCCGCCGUCGCCGUGCUACUACGCGCCCGCGUCGGCGUACCACCGCCACGGCGCCGCGCCGAGAUCCUUCGCCGCGGGCGGGCCCCACGCGCCGGCUGUGAGCGUGCGGUCGGUGAUCCCGGUGUGCGCCGCCCCGCUGCCGCGGCCGCCGGCCAAGGAGGGACGGAAUGGCCCAGCGACAUCCUCGGAUGCAGGCAAGAGGGUGUGAGCUCGUGGCCAGCUUUUGAAGCGCACGAAGAGAAGAAAUCGUACUCGUUAGUAGUCUUAUGAUGAGUCUGGCUGUGGUCUCGCAGGGGAAUUUUGGUCACAACUUUCUCUGUACAAAAGUUUGUUGUGUGUGAGGUCAACCAUACAUCUCCAUCCCCCUUCAUCUGCUGUUUUGACCAUGAUCUGGAUGGUGAGAUCUUCAGAGUUCAGAAAGGCAUCCAUAUACUGAUAUACGGCCUCCAUGUCCAUGAGGCCAGGCAUGGUUUUAGAUGGAUGAACAUAUGAUAUAGUUGUAGUACUAGUGUUCCAGAGCUUCAGUACAAGCCAUGCUCCCCGUGUUAACCAGCGUAUCAUCUCGUCGGCCUGCAGACAUGUGUCUCGCCAUGUACAAAAUUUCAGCUCGUAUCCAUCUCCUU